AUGACGGAGUCUAGGCACGGUGGGAUGUUUACGCCUUUUAUAAAGCAAUGCUAUGUAACAGCAACGGUAUGUAUGAACGUGUUAAGCAACGGCGCUGCUUAUGGCUUCCCAGCUAUACUCCUUCCACAACUCAAGCUGCCAGAUUCAGCUAUACCCAUCACCAAGUCUGAAGAGUCAUGGAUAGCUUCCAUAAUAACAAUUGCUAUACUUGUGGGGAACUUCAGUAUGCCGACGAUAAUGAACCGAUUGGGGCGUAAGAGAUCACAUUUCAUCGUGAUGCUGCCCACAGCUUUGGGCUGGCUGCUUAUCAUGUUUGCGACUAAUGUGCAGAUGAUAAUAAUAGCAAGAUGUAUGCAGGGCAUAUCAUUCGGCCAGGGGGUGCCGAUUCGAGCUGUCAUCAUUGGCGAAUACACGAGUCCAAAGAACAGAGGCGCAUUCCUAUCACUGAUAGCUGUAGCGCAAACUUUGGGAAUAUUCACUGUACAUCUCGCUGGAUCUCUCGUUAGCUGGAAAAACACCGCUGCCAUAUGCAUCAUCUUCACUACUCUAAGCUUCCUUAUGACGUUCGCUCUUCCCGAAUCACCAAGCUGGCUCGCGAGUAGAGGAAGGUACGACGAAUGUACAAAGCACUUCGAGUGGCUCAGAGGGUCUGAAGAAAAUGAGGAGCUCAAUGAGCUAAUCGAAGCUAGAAAGAAUUACAAAAUAACAAAGGAGACAAGUUCCAAGAAGAUUAGCGAUGUUGUCACACAUGCUGAGUUUUACAAGCCCAUCGUUAUAACUCUACACAUGACUCUGUUGAUGUACGUAGCUGGAAGUAUGAACUUGGCCGUGUAUGGAUCCACUAUUUUAUCAGAAAUCAUGGGACCAAAUGUUGACGUGCAUUUCUGGCUCGUAUUCCUGGAUGUCGUGCGUAUUAUAACUAGCUUCUUCGCCGUCUUCCUCAUGAGAACCUUUAAAAGAAGGACAGUGACCUUUAAUUCCAUUGGAUUAUGCAUUGCAGUGCAUUUGGCUAUUGUUGCCCACGUGUCUAUGAUAAAGUACGGAAUCAAGGUUUUGGAUCAUGUGUGGGUACCCGCUUUACUAUUGAACCUUCAAUGCUUUUCUGUGUCAUCGGGGAUCGUGCCAAUAACAAGCGUCAUUACUGGUGAAAUGUUUUCUCUAGAGUAUCGUACUACUGGUAUCAGUAUCAGCACUGCAAUAGCAACGGCAUUUCACUUCGCAAUAUUAAAAACCUUCCCAUAUCUAGUAUCAGGCGUGGGAAUCGAAGGUGCGUAUGGCAUGUACGCGAGUGUUCUCGGUUACUGUAUGAUAGUUAUGUGGUAUAUGAUGCCAGAGACGAAAGGAAAGACUCUACAGCAAAUCGAGGACAGGUUCAAAGGAAUCGAUAAGACUGCGGCACAAACAGAGCUUAAGCCUCUUAACGACAUCAAAGUAGUUAUUUAG